AUGCAGCUCACCACCCUCUUCGUUUAUGCAGCUGCUUUAAUAAGCACCGCCCUAGCAAUGCCUCAUAUCGCAGGACCUUACCAUGGCGCCCAUAUCCCCUACCGUCUCCAAACGAAUACCACUAGCGCUCAUAAUGCCACUACAACAGGCACUGGCCCAAAAGCACCCCUGACAACAGGAACGGCUAGCAACGGGACACAUGCUCCUGUCGUUCACCACGCAAUGGACCAUGUGAAUGUCAAUCACUGCCAUGAACUAUGCUCUCUACAGUCGCAAACGUGCUCACUCGCUGUACCUGACGAUGAUAAGUUCUGUUGGUCGGUCUAUAAGGGAUGCACCGAGAAGUGCCAUGAGGAGAACUUCCGGAGGAUCUAA